GUAACAACAUUUUUGUUUAUGUUAAUUUUUUAAUGUUUCUUACAUAAUUUUUGUAUGCUGAUUUCAGUGGUACCAUUGGUUUUUCUCUAUCAUCAAGAUUUCCUGAGAAAAAGCAUAAAUUUAACUAAUUACAACUGUUACAUGAAGUAGUGAAUAUGUCUAGUAGAUCCUGCAAGCUUUGUCCUGACUCACUCUGUUAUGUUUGUGGUUACUAUAUUAGUCCAACACAAGCUAAACAUAAGAUUGUCAGUGGUACAAAAUUCUUUACUGCAUAUCAUGCUUAUUUUGGCAUGGCUAUGGGAGAUCAGGACAAAUCGUGGGCACCACACUACAGUUGUGGUAGCUGCAGAUCAACUCUGGAAGGAUGGCUGCGUGGAAUCCGAAAGUCAAUGCCCUUUGCGAUUCCGAGAAUAUGGAGAGAACCGACGAACCAUCAUGAUGACUGCUUUUUCUGCAUUGUUGACAUUUCAAAGUAUAAAAAACCGAAAGAUAGGCUGACUCUAGUUUAUCCAAGUAUACCAUCUUCUAUUGGACCAGUUCCACACAGUGAUGAAUUGCCUGUUCCUACUCCACCUCAAUCUGAAGAAGCAGCUGCAUAUCAUUCUGAAGUAGACUCACCGGAUGAACUCAAUGAUGACUGUGAUUUCAGGGAACCGAAUGAUUCACCUCAUUUCCCUAACCAACAAGAACUUGAUGACUUAGUACGAGAUUUAGGUCUCACUAAAUCAAAUGCAGAACUUCUGACAUCACGUUUGAAAGAAUGGAAUUUAUUAGAUCCAAGCUGCAGAACCUCGAAAUACCGAAAAAGACAUGAAACAUUCGCAUACUUUUAUGUAGUAUCAGAAUCACUGUGCUAUUGUCAUGACGUUCGUGGUCUUUUCAAUGACAUUGGCAUUGUUCACAAUCCUGAAGAGUGGAGAUUAUUCAUUGACAGCUCAACAAGAAGUCUAAAGGCAGUUUUGCUCCAUAACGGAAACUGAUUUCCUUCGAUUCCAGUAGCUCAUUCCGUUCAUCUAAAGGAAGACUAUAAGAACGUGAAGUUGUUGCUUGAGAAAAUCAACUACGACAGUUACAAGUGGGAUGUAUGUGGAGACUUUAAGAUGCUAGCAUUUCUUCUCGGUCUGCAAGGAGGAUACACAAAGUACUCGUGUUUUCUUUGUUUAUGGGAUAGCAGGGCUGCAAACCAGCACUUCACAAGACGUGAGUGGCCAGUGAGAGAACAUUU